AAGAAGUCGUCGCGACUGAUUUUUGCUCCGAUCAACGACCAGCGACAAAAAUCGACAAACAUCUCCACGUUCAUCCAACCACCGUCAAGAUGACCAAGAUCAACAGUGGUAUGUAUUGUCAACACUCGAAUGUUUAGCAGAUGUAUCGAGUCGAUCCUGCGACUCAAUUCAAAGCGCACAACUAACAUCAAUUGAAGCCCUCCACUCCUCCCGGAGAAAGUCUCGCAAGGCCCAUUACGAUGCGCCAUCCAGCGUCAGACGCACAAUCAUGAGUGCCCCUCUCAGCAAGGAGCUCCGUGAGAAAUACAACGUAUGUAUUGUCGAGGCGCUCGCAACAUCUACCCCUCUAACUAUAUUACCAGGUCCGCUCCAUCCCAAUCCGAAAGGACGAUGAGGUUCUCGUUGUACGAGGCUCCAACAAAGGUCGUGAGGGAAAGAUCACCUCCGUCUACCGUCUCAAGUACAUCGUCCACAUCGAGCGUGUCGUCAAGGACAAAUCCUCCGGCCAAUCCGUCCCAAUCGGCGUCCACCCAUCAAAGGUCGUCAUCACCAAGCUAAAGCUCGACAAGGACCGUGAGAACAUUCUGGAGCGCAUCAAGACUGGUAGAGAGAUCAAGGAGAAGCUCAAGUCAAAGGCAUAAAUGGAUGGACUGGCAUGUUCGAU